GCCCUGGCUCCCCACUUCGCUGCCUGGAGGCCCCUGCCCGAAUCCCCACCACUGGGGUCCCUGCACUGCCGACGCCCAACAUGGACAUCACCAUCCAGCACCCCUGGUUCAAACGUGCGCUGGGCCCCUUCUACCCCAGCCGGCUGUUCGACCAGUUCUUCGGGGAGGGCCUCUUUGAGUACGACCUGCUGCCCUUCCUGUCGUCCACCAUCAGCCCCUACUACCGUCAGUCCCUCUUCCGCACGGUGCUGGACUCGGGCAUCUCCGAGCUCAUGAGCCAUAUGUGGUUUGUAAUGCACCAACCACAGGCUGGAAGCCCCAAGAACAACCCCACCAAGGUCCGGUCUGACCGGGACAAGUUCGUCAUCUUCCUGGAUGUGAAGCACUUCUCUCCGGAGGACCUCACGGUGAAGGUGCAGGAGGACUUCGUGGAGAUCCACGGCAAGCACAACGAGAGGCAGGACGACCACGGCUACAUCUCCCGCGAGUUCCACCGCCGCUACCGCCUGCCUUCCAACGUGGACCAGUCGGCUCUCUCCUGCUCCCUGUCCGCCGACGGCAUGCUGACCUUCUCUGGCCCCAAGGUGCUGUCCGGUGUGGAUGGCGGCCACAGCGAGCGAGCCAUCCCCGUGUCCAGGGAGGAGAAGCCCAGCUCUGCCCCUUCCUCCUAAGCUUGGCCUCAGCC